AAUCUCCUCAACGGACAUAUAAAUUCCUCCACCCCUCCAUGAUCGAAUCAGUCUCAAACAACAACCAAAUUUCGAAUAAAUACAAGCUCUCUGUAAAUUCUCCAUUCCGUCUUCUAAUCUCUGCUGUAUCACAAUCACUCUUUCUUCUCCGUUCUUUCCUUGAUCGUUGUUACAGCUUAUCCACUGACAGCCAACGCAUCUGACGCAUUUCGUGAUCAAGGUUCGAGAAAUAAAAAAUGGUGGCUAUGAGUGGUAAGGCCAUCGGUAUCGACUUGGGUACCACUUACAGUUGUGUGGGAGUAUGGCAGAACGACAGGGUCGAGAUCAUCGCCAAUGAUCAAGGCAAUCGGACUACACCUUCUUACGUUGCCUUCACCGACACCGAAAGGUUGAUCGGUGAUGCAGCGAAGAACCAAGUCGCCAUGAACCCAGCCAACACCGUGUUCGACGCGAAGCGUCUCAUUGGUCGACGGUUCUCCGACCCAUCUGUCCAGAGUGACAUGAAGCUAUGGCCUUUCAAGGUUGUUCCCGGGCCGGGCGACAAGCCGAUGAUCGUUGUUCAGUACAAGGGCGAGGAGAAACGGUUCGCUGCUGAGGAGAUAUCUUCCAUGGUGUUGACCAAGAUGAAGGAAAUUGCAGAGGCGUAUCUGGGUCAGACUGUCAAGAACGCUGUCAUCACGGUGCCUGCUUAUUUCAACGAUUCUCAGAGGCAGGCCACGAAGGACGCCGGAGCAAUUGCUGGACUUAACGUAAUGCGGAUCAUCAACGAGCCCACUGCAGCAGCGAUUGCUUACGGCUUGGAUAAGAAGGCGUCAAGGUCUGGCGAGAAGAACGUUCUCAUCUUUGAUUUGGGUGGUGGAACAUUUGAUGUUUCUCUGUUGACGAUCGAGGAAGGAAUUUUCGAGGUAAAGGCCACAGCUGGAGAUACUCAUCUCGGAGGUGAGGACUUCGACAACCGGUUGGUUAACCAUUUCGUUGCAGAGUUCAAGAGAAAGCACAAGAAAGACAUUAGCGGCAACGCGAGGGCUCUGCGGCGGUUGAGGACGGCCUGUGAGAGGGCAAAGCGGACUCUGUCCUCCAGCACGCAGACCACCAUUGAAAUUGAUUCUCUUUAUGAAGGUAUCGACUUCUAUUCCACACUCACUCGAGCACGGUUUGAGGAAUUGAACAUGGACCUGUUCAAAAAGUGCAUGGAACCAGUGGAGAAGUGCCUCCGGGACUCAAAGAUCGACAAGAGCCGGAUCGAUGACAUCGUCCUCGUUGGUGGGUCGACCAGAAUUCCCAAAGUGCAACAGCUACUGCAAGAUUUCUUCAACGGGAAGGAGCUCUGCAAGAGCAUCAACCCCGACGAAGCCGUAGCAUAUGGUGCCGCUGUUCAGGCUGCAAUUCUAACCGGAGAAGGAGACCAGAAGGUCCAGGACCUGCUGCUCCUCGAUGUCACUCCUCUCAGCCUUGGAAUUGAGACCGCCGGAGGUGUGAUGACCGUCUUAAUUCCAAGAAACACAACAAUCCCAACGAAGAAAGAGCAGAUUUUCUCUACCUAUGCCGACAACCAGCCCGGUGUCCUGAUUCAGGUCUACGAAGGCGAGCGUUCGAUGACCAAAGACAACAAUCUGCUUGGCAAAUUUGAGCUCAAAGGAAUCCCUCCGGCACCAAGAGGCGUCCCACAAAUCAAUGUGUGCUUCGACAUUGACGCCAACGGAAUCCUGAACGUCUCAGCCGAGGACAAGACUGCCGGAGUGAAGAAUAAGAUAACAAUUACCAAUGACAAGGGAAGGCUGAGCAAGGACGAGAUCGAUAAGAUGGUGAGGGAUGCUGAGCGGUACAAGGCUGAAGACGAGCAAGUGAAGAGGAAGGUGGAAGCCAAGAAUUCAUUAGAGAAUUAUGCAUACAGCAUGAGGAAUACAAUUAGAGAAGAGAAAUUUGCAGGGAAAUUGAACCCGGCAGAUAAGCAGAAGAUCGAGAAGGCAAUCGACGAGGUGACGGAUUGGGUUGACAGGAAUCAAUUGGCAGAGGUGGAUGAGUUUGAAGACAAACAGAAGGAGCUGGAGGGGUUGUGCAACCCAAUCAUCGCGAAAAUGUAUCAGGGGAGCGGCGAUGUGCCAGGGGGUAUGGGUGCUGGUACCAAGAUGCCUGCAGGAGAGUAUGGUUAUGGCCAGAGCAACCAUGGUGGGACUGGUGCAGCAGCUGGGCCUAAGAUAGAGGAGGUUGACUGAAGGGAUGUAGUUGGAUUUUGCUAUUAAGGUGGUCGUUUUUUUUUUUGUUUUUUGAGUUAUGUUCUGUUUUUUCUUCUGUGUUUUUGAGAUCUGUCUGUUGAAGAAGGUGAGGAAGACUUGAUUUUGGGUUGUUUGAAGAAAAGAAUAGGAAAGGAAAGGACCCAUUAAUACUUGUAAUGUAAUACCAUUACCAUUGCAAAGAAGGCCGUAAAUUUCCCAAUGUUUUUGA